AUGUUGCUGUUUCGUCUGGCAGGAUGCACGUGCAUUUGUGGCUCUUGUCGCGUCACGGUUCUCGGCGAGCCACUGAAGACAACUCUUUGCCACUGUCAAGAUUGCCGCCGAUGGACGGGUAGCGUUGGGCAGCUGGCGAUCUGGCAUCGUCAGGAUGAUGUGCUUUGCAGUGGGAAGCUGGUAGAGUUUGUGACAGGAGCAAGGGUGCGGAAGAGCUGUGCCCGCUGCCGCUCGCACAUCCUCACAAGCCUGCCUAAAGCAGGGUUGAUUGAGCUUUGUGUUGCGAGCAAGAUUUCACUCCAAGCUCACUUCUUCUACGUGACGCCUCUGAUAGAUAUCAAAGAUGAUGUGCCGAAGUUUGUGGAUUUUCCCGCAUCGCUUGGUGGCUCCGGGGUCCAAGCUGAAUCUUGGGAACAGUGUACAGACAAUCUGCAGGUUUUCUAUGGGAGUUGCCCCUGCGGUGCGAUCGCAGUGUCCAUUUCCGCGGAGCCCACAACGACGAUUUUCUGUCACUGUCGUGAAUGCCGGUCCUGGACUGGCAGCUGUGGCCACUUGGCUGUCGUCUUUGAAGCCAGCCUGGUGCAGAUUGCAGGCGAACUUAUCUCAGUUGGACAUGGUGGCCGCAGGAACUGUGCUAAGUGCUCGGCAUGCAUCGCUUCUGCGCACAGCCCAGAGGGCCCAGAGGCACCGAAUCUGUUGGAAGUUUGCGGUGGUAUUCUGAAUGCACCGCCACGGGUUCAAGCGCAUUGGAAGUAUUCCGAACGAAUUUUGUCCAUCAAAGAUGGUUGCGCCAAGUUCAAGGACUUCCCCAAAGACAUGGGCGGUUCAGGUGACGUUCUCGGACAGGAGGUGGCUCCUUACGCUGUCACUCUCUUUCGAAAAGAUGAAGAUUUGGGCUUGGAGUUUUCAUUUGUUGGACGAAAAUGCAGGGUGCUGAAAGUCAGAAGGCACAGCCUGAUUCAUGCCGCUCGUCUUGCUUUGGAAAAGGGCAUCAUGUAG